AUGGAGGUUUCGUUAGUUCCCAGGAGCGUCCCAUGCCGGCCCUCGGCGGCGGCGAUCCUGCCGGCAAGCGACAGGCUCAACCCUGGCAUCCUUCGAAGAGGCAGCUGGAUCCGGCGAGGGGAUACUGGCCGCGUCAGUAGGUCUUCCCACGUUAUCCGAGCCAUUGAGGGACCUUCUGACCUCCCUCCCGUGGAGAUUUCCUGGCAAAUCACUGUCGGCGCCUUAGGUACCGAUAUUUUAGAAUUUGGCUUGACUAAGUAGUACCUGUUGUCCUUGAUACGUCAUGGUCAACAGAGUAUGCGACACUAUUGGUCUUCGCCUUUUUAGACCCUGAUUCAACUGAAAAUAUUGCAGCUGGAAUCACACCAUUCGUCGUCGCGGGAAUCGAGUUCAGCAAACGAAUUGUGAGUUGAUCUUAAGCUCAUCUCGAAGAAAGAAUUGGGACCUUUUACUUGUCUCUCGGAUGGUGAUUCACUAUCUCUUUGCUGGAUAAGAAGUUGCAUGAGCCACAUAAAUUCAAUGAAUUGUAAAUUGAAUUAUUAAUAUAAUAAUUUUCCUCAUAGUUGAUCCUGGAUUUAGUAUUUGUCCUCCAGGAUUACGGCACGUGUCCCAGAGUUGGGUAGAAAACAGUUGAAUUUAACAAGUACCCUACCCUUCGAGUAGUUGCGCGUCUCAUUCUGAAUUAUACAGCCCUCGAGCUAUCUAAAAAGAAAGGUUGGGGGGGGUACUGAAACUGGAUUCAGGCCAUAAUAUUUCUUCUGCAUUGAUCUCUCAUCAAUGUACGAGGGUAAAUUUGAUUUCGUCUACAAAUAAAAUUAAAGUAAUGUGCACCAUAUUUUUAUGUCUUGGAAUUUUAAAGCAUGCGAGUCGUGCCUCCUGUCCAAGUAUGUUUACAUAGAUAGUCGGAAUCCCCUGAUGAAUAAUGUGACAUUAAUACUGCUUUCAACUCAUGGUGCGAAGUAAUUGAUACAAUCGUGAUUCAGCUCUUUAAUGUGAUCUAUCCUGUCUAACCAGGGAAUGUUAACUUCUCACGAUGGUAAUGUGUCAAUUUUUUUCGAACAAAACGACUUUGGAUAGAGGCUUCGUUUGCGUCUUACUUUCCUGAUCUCAUGAACCCGAGUAAUAUGUUUACACAAAUUUAUAAAGACAUCCAAAAUAUUGUUUAGAUGUGUAAAUCCAGUUUUCUCUGGAGAUCCGGGCCACCAUAUGAAUUUAAACAGCCAGAUCUCUUUUUUUGAUUUUCGACGUCAGGAAAUUCCAUUACAGACUCUGUACCACCACAUGUAUGAGGGUGAAUCUCCAUUGCGGUGAAUUUAACUACCUAAGAGGUUCAGUUAUGGUUCCUUCGCUAGCACUUAAUGAAUCUUACCUAUUCCCUACCCCCUGAUGAAAGAAAGGAGGUACAAUGUCAUUCAUAUUUCUUGAAGACUGACUGUAAGAUAUUCAUAUGGCUCUUUCCCUAUCAGACACCUUUCUUCUAGUCUCCAUCUAUUUCAUGUCCCUAGAAUGUUUUGUCUCGAGAAAAUCAUGAAAUAACACGUAUUUUAUCUGUGUUUUGAAGUUAUCAUAGUUGAAGGUGAUGUAAUAAAUUUGAAAUUAUUAGUUUUACUUGUCCUUUAAACUUCAUGUAAUUUAAAGUAUGGUAAUAUAAGGUUUCAUUUUACAUUAGAGUACAGCUUUUUAAAAGUGAGAUUUUUCUCAUCUAAUGUAUUCUUGUUAAAGGAUGGGCAUACUUUAAUGAUUACUUGAUGACGAAGGACAUAAACUUUCUUUCAAGUUACGUUGAUAUUUAUAAUGCACAUUUUAGCACUCGAUAUCUGGAGGCUGAAUUUCAUGACGACCAGGUAUAAAGUUAUUGAUGGGUGUCAAACAUUUACAGCAGUGUCCUCUACUGCAGUAAUUCAGUCGGAAGCACUUUUUGGCAUGAUUCAGACUUCUCUGCUCAGCGUGUCCCAAAUUGGCAGGAAGCUAGAAGGAUGAUACCUGGGGUUCAUGAUACCUCACAAUUAGGGUUGAAAUAUUUCUAAUGGAUGACAAAUUAUGGGGUACACGAGUGACUAACUCUAUGCACAAAUUUGGUGUCUCUGCUAAUGCGUAUAUAGUCUGGUCUUAAUUUUUCCUCUAUGCACAAAUUUCUAAGUUCUCUGUGACCAUUGUGUCUACUUAUUCGCUCUCUUUACAACGAAUCUGAUCCCAUUUAUUGUUGCCCGGAUGACAAGGGAUUAUCUCCAUGCUAUCAAUCGUUCAAUCAUUAUCAUAAUAAUGUAGUAUUUUGUUCCAUCACCGCAUUCAUCAAAGUAAAUCCUAAUCGCUGCACUUCAUUCCCAUUCGUACCCAUUUUGUGUUGUUUUGUGAUUCUGAUUAAAUCAGCGUCUAACGAGCCAAAAAUUUAACAGGCUGCACAGAGAAGCUGUGAAGUCUGUGGUGGCUCCGGACUUGUUGAAGUAGAGGGUCUGUAUGGCCGCUGCCCCGGUUGCGGUAUGUCAACGAAUUCUAUCACCUCCGAAGUCAACCUCUUUCCUCUGUUUGAUUCUAUACUAGAUCUGACAUGGAACGGCAACCAUCGAACCUAUGAGACUCUGACUCACUCUCCCUUGUAGGCGGCUUUCUGCCAUGGCAGUCAUGGAAGAGGUUCUUUACGGGUUAA